GGUCAUGUGAUCAAAAAUUUAAAUAGAAGACAGCAUAACCCUCCGUAAUCAUACCCCCGGCUUAGUUUCGUAACAGACGCAGACGUUCACUGUACAAAAGAUGUUGCGCUUCGUUGUCUUAGCGGCUUUGGUUGCGGUUAGCAUUGCCCGCCUGUCACAAACCGAGUUGGACGAGGAAUGGCAACUCUUUUUGAAGCAACAUAGCAAAGAGUAUGCGGCGGAAGAGGGGACCAAGAGGCGUAUGAUCUGGGAAAGCAACUUGGACUACAUCCAGAAACACAAUAUGGCUGCCGACCGUGGAGAACACACCUUCUGGCUGGGAAUGAACGAAUAUGGAGACAUGACCAACGAAGAAUUCGUCAAAACCAUGAACGGAUAUAGAAUGAGGAACGGAACAAGCAGAGGUUCUCUCUACCUUCCUCCGUCCAAUGUUGGUGACCUUCCCGCCACGGUCGACUGGAGAAGCAAAGGUUACGUCACACCUAUCAAAAACCAGGGUCAGUGCGGAUCUUGUUGGUCUUUCUCAGCUACGGGGUCACUUGAGGGUCAAACUUUCAAAAAGUCUGGCAAACUGCCAUCUCUGUCAGAACAAAACUUGGUUGACUGCUCAACGAAACAAGGAAACCAUGGAUGUGAAGGAGGUUUAAUGGACGAUGCUUUCACGUACAUCAAAGUCAACAAGGGGAUUGACACAGAGUCAUCAUACCCAUAUGAAGCUAAGAAUGGAAAAUGCCGAUUCAACAGCGCUAAUGUUGGAGCCACAGACAGUGGCUUCACCGACAUCAAGAGUAAGAGUGAAGCAGAUCUUCAAAGCGCCGUUGCUACAGUGGGACCUAUUGCCGUUGCUAUUGACGCCAGUCACAUGAGCUUCCAGCUGUACAAGAGCGGAGUCUACCACGAAUGGUUCUGCAGCGAGUCUCGAUUGGAUCACGGAGUGUUAGCUGUUGGAUACGGAACAGAUAGCGGCAAAGAUUAUUGGCUGGUUAAGAACAGCUGGGGCGAAUCUUGGGGACAGAAUGGAUACAUUCAGAUGUCUAGAAACAGACACAAUAACUGCGGUAUCGCCACCUCUGCCAGCUACCCCACCGUGUAGUAAUCUGUGAUCACAUCUGCCAGCUACCCCACCGUGUAGUAAUCUGUGAUAUACACGGCAAAUGGACAACCGUAUUGACUUCCUAUCAAAAUCAUGAAAAUUGUAUUAACUUCACAUCGAAGAAAAAUGAACUAUAUUUGUUUUAUAUUUUUGAUACGAAAGUAUAAUGAAUAAAUAAGAAAAAAGAAA